AGAAGAAGUAGACUCCUCCCACUAAACAUGGCGACCUAGAGGAACAUCCACGCUCGUUUGUUGACAUAUAUGUACAGAAACCGAACUUGUGCUGUAUUAGUGAAGUUACACCAAUUACAACAAUGUCGAGGCUCAUCGUUAAGAACCUCCCUAACGGGAUGAAGGAGGAGAGGUUCAGGUCCAUGUUCGCUGACUUCGGCAUUGUGACAGACUGCUCUCUGAAGUUCACCAAGGACGGCAAGUUCCGAAAGUUCGGCUUUGUGGGUUUUAAAGCCGAGGAAGACGCCAACAGAGCCCUGAAACACUUCAACAAGAGCUUCGUGGACACGUCCAGAGUGACGGUGGAGAUGUGUAAGGCGUUUGGAGACCCCACUAAGGCCAAAGCCUGGAGCAAACACACCCAGAACUCAGGCCCGGACAAACCCUCCACUCCUGCAGACACUGACAGCAAAAAGAAAAAGAAACAGAAAAAGGAAACCAACAGCUCGCUUGGAAAUCUGGAAGAGGACCAGGCCUUCAAGGAGUUUCUGUCAGUCCAUCAGAAUCGCAGCCAGGCUCCAACCUGGGCAAACGACACCAUGCAGCAAACAACCGAUUCUGAUGGUGGACGGACCAAGACCCAAGUCAAGAAGAAACCUGCCUCAGAUGAUUACCUCAACUUUGAUUCAGACCAGUCAGAAGAAGAGGACGAGGAAGAAGAACAUGAUGGAGAUGACGGUGCCACUAAAGAAGCACUGAAGUCUGGCUUGUCAGAUAUGGAGUAUCUGCGCUCAAAGGUAGCACAGACAGAUGACACCCUGGAGGAGGAGGAGGAGGAGGAGGAUGGCGAAGGGGCUGAUGAUGAAGACGAGGAUCAGGGUCCGGUACAGCACACAGACAGCGCCUAUGAGAGCGGUGACAGAGAAAACGCCUCCAAAGCCAAAACAUCAGCUUCGUCUGAAGAGAAGAAGCAGAGUAAAGCAAAGAAAACUGCCAAGCAAGAGAUGGAGCCGGUUACAGAGUUCACUGUGAAGCUGAGAGGAGUCCCGUUCAAUGUUAAAGAGCAACAAAUUCGAGAGUUCAUGACCCCAUUGAAGCCGGCAGCGAUCAGGAUCGGAAAGAAUGAAAGCGGGAAUAGAACAGGUUAUGUAUAUGUGGAUCUGCACACUGAAGAACAGGUAGAAAAGGCCAUGAAGAGGAAUAAAGACUACAUAGGUGGGCGUUAUAUUGAGGUCUUCCGUGUGGAUCCCUCUGGCGGUCAGAGUAAGAGAGACAGAAAGGCCAAAGAAAUUGACAGAAACUUCACCAGGAAGCUGAAGGAGGACGAGGAGGAGGAAGAUGUUUCAGAGUCGGGUCGACUCUUCGUCAGAAAUCUGCCUUACACCUGCACCGAGGAAGAGAUCAAGGAGCUGUUCGAAAAGCAUGGUCCUUUAUCUGAGGUUCUCUUCCCUAUUGACAACCUUACCAAGAAACCUAAAGGAUUCGCUUUCAUAACCUUUAUGAUACCAGAGAAUGCUGUGACGGCUCUGGCUCAGCUGGAUGGACACGUAUUUCAGGGAAGGAUGCUUCACCUGCUUCCCUCCACGGUAAAGAAGGAAAAGGUGGACACAGAUGCUGGUGGUCCUGGUUCUUCGUCUUACAAACGGCAAAAAGAUGCUAAAAGUAAAGCUUCAAGUUCCAGCUCCCACAACUGGAACACUCUAUUUGUGGGCACGAGUGCAGUGGCAGACGCCAUCGCUGAAAAAUACAACACCACAAAAAGCCAAGUCCUGGACCAUGAGUCAAAGGGCAGUGUUGCUGUGAGGAUGGCUCUGGGAGAGACACAGAUCGUUCAGGAGACUCGACAGUUUUUACUGGACAACAAUGUCAGUCUGGAUUCCUUUAGUCAGGCGGCAGCACCGAGAAGUACAUCUGUCAUCCUGGUGAAGAACCUUCCGGCUGGAGUGACGGCGUCAGAGUUGGAGGAGCUCUUCUCACCUCACGGUUCUUUGGGCCGAGUGCUGCUGCCGCCCUCGGGACUCACUGCAAUCAUUGAGUUCCUUGAGCCGACCGAGGCGAAACGAGCCUUCACUCGGCUGGCCUACAGCAAGUUUCAACAUGUCCCGCUGUAUUUGGAGUGGGCACCUGUCGGGGUGUUUGUAGCAGCCAAACCAGAACCAGUAUUAGAAAAGGAGAUGCCAGUAAAGGAGGAGAAGAAGGAAGAAGAGGAAGAGGAAGAAGAGGAGGAGGAGGAGGAGGAGGAAUCUGCUCCUGGUUCGACGCUUUUCAUUAAGAAUCUUAACUUCGACACAACGGAGGAGAAACUUCAGGAGACAUUCUCCAAAUGUGGGAAGGUCAAGUCAUGCUCCAUCUCCAAGAAGAGAGAUAAAACAGGCAAGAUGUUGUCCAUGGGUUACGGUUUUGUCCAGUAUCAGACAGCAGAAGCAGCACAGAAAGCCCUGAGGCAGCUACAGCACUGUACUGUGGAUGAUCACCAGCUAGAGCUGAAGGUUUCCGAGAGAGCCACGAGGACGACUGAGGUGUCACGCAAAAAGAAGCAAGCUGAGAAGAAACAGACAGGAUCCAAAAUCCUUGUGCGCAACGUCCCCUUCCAAGCCAGUGUCAGGGAAAUUCGGGAACUCUUCUGUACAUUUGGAGAGCUGAAGACUGUCCGUCUUCCAAAGAAAGCAGCUGGCACAGGGAAUCACAGAGGCUUUGGCUUUGUUGACUUCCUCACCAAACAGGACGCAAAGAAAGCAUUUGCUGCACUGUGCCACAGCACCCAUUUGUAUGGGAGACGCCUCGUGCUGGAGUGGGCUGAUGCUGAGGACACAGUGGAGACACUAAGACGGAAAACAGCAGAACAUUUUCAUGUGGCCGCCAAGAAGCAGCGAAAGGCAGAAGUCUUGGAGGGAAUUAUGGAGACGAUGGAAACCGACGGGGGUGCUGAAGUUCCCUGAACGCUGCCCUGAACGUUCCCUGAACGCUGCAGUCGUCAUCGAAAGCAUUGACUCAGCUGUUUUUCAUUAUAAAUAGAACUGUGAACAAUGAGGGCCUGCCUGGCUUGUGCACAAGGAACUAAUUCUAAUGAAUCUACAAUCUUGACAAAGUUCACUGGAGUUUUAAAAAAAACCUCUGGAUGUUUUUGCAUCUUUUGUAUAGAAUAAUGUCUCAAAAGCAAGAUGAUUGGACUAAUGUCAGUUUUUUUUAUAUAAAGUGAUAUUUCAUGAUUUUAAAGUUUGUUUUUGUAACUGAAAACCACAAAAAAA